UGGAAACCCGCCCCAUAACUGCUCUUGGCUGCGCGUGGUGGAGAUCCAACAACGGGGCAGGGGGGAGGAGAGAAGGAAGCCUAAAGGCUCGAUCUCCAUUUACAUUCAGAUUCCUUGGAAGGGUCUUUGGAGAGCCAGCGGGACCAGUUGCCCGGCGGUGCCAGUGGCUGGAAGAUCCCUUCUGAUCCUGGCAGAGGAGAAGAAGCAGGAAAGGUCUCAGGUUCUGAGGUCCUUCCAGGAAUAGGGAGUAAUUGGGUGGAUCUUGCAAAUCUUUCUCCUGAUCUGUUUUUCAGAGGGAUCCCCGAGGAUAAAAGUCAGGAUACCUCGCUAGUGGACAAAAUGGAGUCACCAUUGUUCACUGAAUCAUCUCCUUCUAUUGGUGAAGCUGAAAGAGCCGCUGGAUUCCUGACUCAGGGUCCUGUGUCCUAUGCGGAGGUGGCCAUCCAUUUCAACAGUGAAGAGUGGUUGCUGCUUGAUCCCAGCCAGAAAGCCCUGUAUCAAGAAGUCAUGUUGGAAACAUCUAUGAUGGUGGCUUCUUUAGCAUCUGAUGUGCAGAUGAAGGAAAACGACCAAGUGCCAAAUUUGGUGCCACUGCAAAUAAUCAAAACUGAAAUUCCUGAGGAGACCUCUACAAAUAAUCGGGGAGGGAGAAAACGUGAAAAGAAGCACAAUCAGAGUGAAAAAUCGAUUUUUGAAUGUGUGGAAAUGGAUCGUUUCCUGACCCAACAUGAUUCCAAAGAAAGUACGGAGAAAUGUCGAAGUAGAAAAAGAUUCAAAGCAAACCCCAAUGUUAGUAACCACCGCGAAACUGGAAAAAGCUCCAGCAGUAAUGAUGUUUCUUCACAUAAAAUGAUACAGAUAUGAGCAAAUGCAUGACAGCCCGUUAGAAGCUGGAGGCUCAGUUGACGGAUGUGGUGAAGGAGGUGAGGGCAGGGCUGGUUCUCCCCUUCUCCUCUCUUGCCCUGGGCUCCCUUCAGCAACAGCCCUCCUUCUUCUCCCUCUCCAGGAAUUGGACCUGAUGGACUCCUCUAAUGCCGUCUAGAAGCUCAUUGGUCCGGUGUUGGUGAAGCAGGACACAGAGGAAGCCAAAGCAACUGUGGGAGAGGCUGGAGUACAUCACAGGGGAGAUGUGAGUGGGCGGGGCUUCCUGGAUAGGGCCUCCAGCUCCCGAGGCAGUGUACGUCAGGGUCCCCACAGCUCUUCUGAGGUUUCUCCCGAUGCUCAGGCAUUAACUGGCCUGGUUCUCUGUCCCCAGCAAACCCUACGAGGCUCAGAUUCAGGAUUACGAGUGGAAGUCGGAGCAGCAUCGGGAGGCCCUGGGCCGGCUGCAGCAAGAAUUCCAGCGGACCCAAGGCAAGGUGUCGGCCAAGAUCUGAAAGCGGAGCAUGGAGGGAGGGGUGGGCCGGCUGGCCCCCAGACCUGCCAUUUGGGCCUUUUGGAUCCCUUCAAAUAAAAUUCUGUUGGGCCUUUU